GAUAACUCUAUCCGUUUAUGGGAUGUUUAGACAGGAUAAGAAAAAGCCAAAUUAGAUGGUCAUUCUGAUUUUGUAAGGACAAUUUGUUACUCUCCUGAUGGCACUACAUUAGCAUCUGGUAGUGAGGAUAACUCUAUCCGUUUAUGGGAUGUUAAGACAGGAUAAUAAAAAGCCAAAUUAGAUGGACAUUCAUCAACUGUUAAUUCAGUCAAUUUCUCCCCUGAUGGAAAUACAUUAGCUUCAGGUGGUUGGGAUAACUCUCUUCGUUCCUGGAAUAUAAAAACAUCAAAGGAAAUACUUAAAUCAGAUAGCAGUUAUGAAGAUUUACAUGCCUAGUUUAACAUACCACUUCAGAAUAGCUCCUUAUUGCCAAAUGGUAUUUAUUAUUAAUUAUUAUUUAGCUAAUCCUGAUUGUACAAUACUAAGAAUAUGCUAGAAUCCUAAUUUAGAAGCAUCAGGAACACUUAUCUUAUAAGGACAAUUCGUGAAUUAUUAAGGGAUAGAUUUAAAACCAUUGUUUAAAACAAAAGGAAGUUGCUUUUUAGAAGAAAAGUGAAUUUGAAUAUUCAUCAAAAAC